AUGUAUCGCGCGUUUUCGAAAACGAACCGAGAAGCUACGCCGGGGAGCAUCCAGACUCUAAGAAGGCUUCGGGACAAUGGCUAUCGAACUGCCAUUAUCACCAAUGGCCCGACUGGAAGCCAGAUAGAAAAAGCCAAAGCCAUUGGUGUAUUUGAUCUCGUUGAGUGUCUCAUCGCAUCAGAAGAAGCUGGCCAUCCUAAGCCUGACGUCAGGAUCUUCCAGUAUGCCAUGCAAAAGUUGCGAGCAAAUACGAAGAACGUGUACAUGGUUGGCGAUUCUGUCAAGGCAGAUGUUAAGGGUGCUCUCGAUGCAAAUAUCACGCCUAUCUUGUACUCCCCUUCUUCCAACAAAUCGUUGGAAAUGUUCUUUGGAAGAGAGGUUUCUGUUAUCCGUCAUUUCGACCAGCUACCUGUGAUUCUGGAGUCCCCAUUGGAUUCCAGCUGGGAAUGA